AUGGGCAAUUGCAUCAGCGGCUGCUGCGGCGAAGAUAAAAAGGCGCCGCCUGAGAAAGUUGGGCAUGGAUUAAGUAGAGACGAAGCUUCCACUCAAAAGGCCGAAACCGCCGGCGCGCCUCAGCUGCCUUCAUACACGCCGUCCUCUGUUGCGGACCACCGCGCAUACCAAUCCGCGCCUCACCUCAAGCCGCGGAGCGUCCACCCUUCCGAAGUCGUUCCUGUCAACCCUUCCCCCCCGCUUGCUCAACCCUCCGCGGAAGAACUACCGCGCGCCCCGACCGCCUCCUCCGGAGAGCGCUCGUCCAGAGAGCGCGACUGUUCCGCGGAGCAGGGCGUCGCCGCCGUUCCCCCCCGCAGCGCUGACGACUCAUCGAGUUCCGCUGCACCCUACUACGACCCAUCGCAAUCCGCAAUAUAUUACAACUCGAAUUACGUCCCCCAAUCCAUCCAAGACUCAAUUGAUUAUGCCGCCGCAGCCGCAGCCGCAACCGCAACCGAGGCACCGCAAUCGCCUCCCGCCGCAAUUUCCGCCGCAAUUUCCUCCGCCGACGCGGAGCCUAUUUCCAACUCGGCGCAACUCGAUUCCAUCACGUGUACACAUGGGAGCCUCAGCGACUCCGCGGACGCCUCCGCCUCCGCCUCCGCCUCCGCGCGGACGUCCGCCGAACUCCCUCCGCUCCGCGAGUUCAGCUACGCGGAGCUGCGCGCGGCGACGGAGGGAUUUGCGCCUGCGCACGAGAUAGGGAAGGGGGGGUUCGGAACGGUGUACCGCGGGCGGAUAAUGCUGCCUGCGGCGGACGGCGGAGAGAUGGUUGAGCGCGAGGUGGCGGUGAAAGCGACAAACGGAAAGCAGUUCACCGAGCGAGACAUGAAGAGCUUCAAGGCUGAGGUGGAAGCCAUGUCAGCAGUGAAUCAUCCCAACAUUCUGACGCUGGAAGGCGUGGCGUUCAGUGCGGAACACAGGCCGCUUCUCGUGUAUGAGCUCAUCCCUGGAGGCGACGUUUUUAAACUCCUGCAACAAGUCCGCGGGAAAGAAGCACAAUUUCCCUGGAAAGAUCGUGUGAAGGUUGCACUGGGGUGUGCUGAGGCGCUAGCUGCCAUUCACGAAAACAAGUUUAUUCACCGUGAUUUCAAGUCGAUGAAUGUGCUUCUGCGACAGGAUCGUACUCCCGUGGUGGCUGACUUCGGUUUGGCUCGCACAAUUGAGGAUUGGAAAACACACGUUUCAACAGGCGUGGCUGGUUCGUGGGGCUACGUCGAUCCACACUAUCUUGAGACAGGCAAACUGUACCCACACGCUGACACCAGCGGUUUUUGUAACGACGACGGGCAUGCGGCGCCGGCGAAAUUGACUAUCGCGGGCGACAACUCCGCUCCACUUCCCGCAACUGCCGGCGCGCACCAGUUCCCCGCGGGUACCAUUCCGCCGUAUUCGCCGUCCCCUUUGUCGCCAUACCGCCAAUACCAUUCCGCGCCGAUCCGCGGAGCAACCCCCCACCAUUAUUCCGCCGUCGUUCCCGUCAGCCCUUCCCCCCCGCCUGCUCAAUUUCCCGGAAGCACGUCCGCGCCACCCCCCGCCUCCUCCUUUCCCCCUUCCCCUUCCGCCAACCCCAAUAAUGGCUCCACCGCCUCCCCUUCCGCCAGCCCUAGUCUCCGCGCAAACGCCUUCCACAACUCCGCAAAUCCUUCCGCUUCCGCUUCCGCCACUAAUUCAUCACCGGAACCGCUCCCCAACUCCAUGAUCUCCGCGGGGUCUUCCGCCAGCCAGUCCGCGGGCAGCUCCGUGGGGUCUUCUCGCGAGGGGAAAUCCUCCGCUUCACCCUCCGCCGUCCCUGUGCUCCGCGAGUUCAGCUUCGCGGAUCUGCACGCGGCGACGGAGGGGUUUGCGCGCGCCAUAGGGGAGGGGGGCUUCGGGAAGGUGUACCAAGGGCGGAUGAUGCUGCCGGCGGGCGGAAGCAGCGCAGCUGUCGGGAGUUCCGCCACAGGCGGAAGCAGCAAAUUUGCUAUGGGCGCAGCUUGCGGCGAGACGAGGGAGUGUGACGUGGCAGUGAAAGUGAUGAAUGGGAAGAACGUUACUCGUGACUUCAUGAGCUUCAAGGCUGAGGUGGCAGCCAUGUCAGCAGUGGAUCAUCCCAACAUUCUGAGGCUGGAAGGCAUCGCACUAGACACAUCCCAGGGCCCCAUGCUCGUGUAUGAGCUGAUCCUACCUGGAGGAGACGUCAAGAACUUGCUCAAACAAGUCCAGAAUAGUGGUCGUCACUUCCCAUGGAGGCAACGCAUGAAUGUGGCUCUAGGCUGUGCCGAGGCACUAGCCGCCAUUCACGAGCACAAGUUCGUGCACCGCGAUUUCAAGUCUUCAAACGUGCUUCUGCGAGAGGAUUUCACUCCAGUGGUGGCUGACUUUGGUUUGGCUCGCACAAUAGAGGAUUGGAAGACGCACGUGUCAACAAAGGUGGUUGGGUCGAUGGGCUACAUCGACCCAAUCUAUCUCCAGACGGGCCAACUAAGCCAAAAAUCAGACACAUUCGCAUUUGGCGUGUUCCUAUUGGAGCUGAUUUCAAGCUGCAGUCCCCUCAAUGCAAAGUUUCAAGAGCUGAGGCAGUUGGUAAUUUCCAAGGAUCCACCGGAACCUUCCUUGGUGAUUGAUCCUUCUCUCGAAGGGGAGUGGAUGAGGAGGCAUGCUUUUAUUCUCUUCACUCUGGUUCGCUUUGCCAUUUGCUGCAAUUGGGAGCAAAGGCCUCCAAUGUCAGUCAUUGCCGCCAAGCUUAGGAUGAUUUGCAGCGAGAUAGAGGCUUAA